AUCUAUGGUUAACAAUUACCUUACCUAGUUACCUACCUACUGCAAGCGUGCCCUAGGCCUACUGUGAUUCGAUAUUUUAGAAAAAGCGAAGAAAAUGUCUUCACCACGCCCGAAAUCGCCGCGUACUCCGGUACUGCCGAAAAAAGAGGAAGAAUCAUUCUGGGACAAAAUUGGCACCAUUGGCCGUAAGAAACGUAUCAAAGAAGUCCAGGAAGUGCAAGCAGAGGGGAAAUAUGCGAUAGACUCGCCUGGGAGCCCCACAGCUCCGGAGAUACCGCCUGAGGAGUACAGCUUACUUGAUAAUGAAGAAAGGGCGAUCAUAGAACCAAGAUCAUUAGAAGAUCCGAGAGUUAAAGAGCUUAUUCAGGUAUUGAUAGACUGGAUUAAUGAUGAGCUUGCAGCCCAGAGGAUUAUUGUGAAGGAUAUUAGCGAGGAUCUGUAUGAUGGGCAGGUGCUACAGAAACUUCUGGAAAAGCUCACUGAGACUAAGCUUGAUGUUCCUGAGGUCACACAAUCUGAAGAGGGCCAGCGUCAAAAGUUAGCUGUUGUACUCAGAGCUGUUAAUAGGGUACUGUUCGGGACAUCAAAGCCAGCUCAGAAGUGGAGUGUUGAUUCUGUACAUUCCAAAAAUGUAGUAUCCAUUCUCCAUCUUCUGGUGGCUCUUGCCCGCCACUUCAGGGCACCUAUCCGCCUGCCGGAGAAUGUCAGCGUUAAUGUUGUUGUCGUGAAAAAAGAUGCACCCAAUCAGCUAUCUCAUAGAACAUACAUCGAAGACAUUACGACAACCUACGAUGAUCUCGGUAUGAAAUGUGAAAGAGAUGCGUUCGAUGCUCUGUUUGAUCAUGCACCAGAUAAAUUACAAGUUGUUAAGAAGUCGCUGAUAACAUUUGUGAACAAACACCUGACCAAGGUGAAUCUGGAAGUGAUGGAUCUUGACACGCAGUUCCACGAUGGUGUAUACCUUUGCCUCCUCAUGGGUCUGCUUGAGGGUUUCUUCGUCCCACUCUAUGACUUCCACCUGACCCCUCAGGAGUUCGACCAGAAAGUGCACAAUGUGUCUUUCGCGUUUGAGCUGAUGCAGGAUGUUGGACUUGCUAAGCCUAAAGCAAGACCUGAAGAUAUCGUGAAUCUCGAUUUGAAGUCAACACUCAGAGUUUUGUAUAAUCUCUUCACGAAAUACAAAAAUAUGGCCUAACUCCCAAGUCAUUGUCUUGACAAUAUACUUGCUUUAAUAAUU